AGGGGGCAUCUCCGUGCGCGCGUCCGCGUCUGUCUCCAUGUGCGCGGGUGUUUGUGGACACCGGCACGCUACAACAUGAACGCGCGUAAAACCCGGUAAAACCUGCUGUCGUUCAGCGCGAGACACCAGAGCAUCCGGUUCCCAGGAGCGUUAGACCAGCGAAGAGGAAACAAGAAGAGGAAGCGAGAGAGAGAGAGAGAGAGAGAGAGCGAGGAGCCGCACAGGUGAGACCCGCUGCUCCGGCUCCACUCGGAUCCUUCCGAACCGUCUCGUCCCGAUCACACGAACCUUCUGAGCCUCCGUAGCGAGGUCCUCUCACAGCUCGACCGGUAGUUCAAGUCCCACCGAGCCCGCGAGCCGCCGGUCUCUCCCUCGGCGUUGCGUCAGCCUCAACACACAGAGCCGACAUGUCAGUGUGUGACCACUCCUCUGGCGUGAAUCGAUACCGUGAUCAGAUGUAACACUUCUAAUGAUUUUUUUCUUUUUUGUGGUGGAUUCACACAACUGAUCAUGGUGCUGUGUGGCAUCAAGGUGCCGCGCUUCUUGGGGCCCAACGUGUACCCAGAGGCUCCCGAUGGAGGCUGGGGGUGGAUGGUGGCGGUGGCCUUCUUCGUGGUGGAGGUUUUCACCUACGGUACCAUCAAGAGCUUCGGCAUCUUCCUCCAGGACCUGAUGGAGGAGUUCGAAGAGUCCAACAGUCGAGUCUCCUGGAUUGUCUCCAUCUGCGUCUUUGUCAUGGCCUUCAACGGUCCUCUCUCCUCUGUGUUGACGAGCCGCUUAGGCUUCCAACCCGUCGUCAUGCUUGGAGGAUUGCUCAUUUCCGCGGGGACCAUUGCCACCAGCUUCACCAGCUCCAUCAACCAAAUGUACUUGACGUAUGGUUUAGUUGCAGGUCUGGGCUACUGUCUGACCUUCUUGCCCACUGUGACCAUCCUGUCCCAGUACUUCUCACGUCGACGGUCUCUGGUCACAGCUGUAGCGUCUACAGGAGAGUCCCUGUCCAUGUUUGCCCUGGCGCCAGCCUUUUCUGCACUGAAAGAACGAAUUGGCUGGCGACACACCAUGGUAGUGAUCGGAGCGUUGCAAAGCACCAUCAUUAUCUGCGGUGUUUUUCUUCGGCCAAUCAUUAUUCAGCCCGGAGCCUCCCACAAGAAAAAGACUGACGGAGAAGCCCCAAAGGAACUGGAAGACCUCAGCGAUAAGGAGAUCUCGGAGGGCACAAACCCAGAGGACUCUAUAACAAUCAAGUUCUCACAUGCAACAAGUGCUUCAUACAGUCUGGACAAGGAACUGACAGGAGGCUCCGUAAGCACCGGAGACUCCGGUGUACAUUGUAUUGAUUCUCUAUUUGGUGGAGAUAACGGCAGCGCAGAGGAGAAGACGCUACUGCACAAAAACGAAGGGUCAGACACAGAGAAGGAAAAUGUGGGAAACAGUGAAGCAGGGAUUAAAGAAGCUGAGGCUGAGGAGAAGAAAGACUACACAGAUCCUGAGAAACAAAGGAUGAAAGAUGAGGACGAUGAAUCAGGAGGAGAAAAGCCGCCUCCAAAGAAUUCAAAACUUCUAGAUUUCUCCAUCCUCAAAGAGUGCAACUUCAUUCUCUACUGUAUGUUCGGGCUGUUUGCCACGCUGGGCUUCUUCGCCCCUCAGCUCUACAUCAUCGAGCUGAGCGUGCAUCGGGGCGUGGAGCGGGACCGCGCCGCCUACAUGCUCUCCAUCAUGGCCGUGGCUGAAAUCUUGGGCCGGUUCUUCAUUGGGUGGAUCCUAACGCGAGAGCAGUUCAGGAAGAGGAAGCUGCUGGUUCUUUUGCUGUGUGUCAUUAUAAUGACAGCAGAUCUGGUGGGAUUUACUUUGGUCACGGAGUUCUACGGGCUGGCUGUGUGCUGUGGUUUGUACGGCUUCUUUAUGGGGACGCUAGCUUGCACCCACAUCCCCAUACUGGCUGAGGAUGAUGUCGUCGGCAUAGAGAGGAUGUCUUCGGCUGCCGGUGUCUACGUGUUCAUACAAAGCUUCGCCGGGCUCGCGGGACCCCCACUUGGAGGUGUGCUGGUGGAUGUGACUGGCGACUACGGCUCGGCCUUCUACUCGUGUGCAGCCGGCAUGGCACUGAGUUCCCUGUUCCUCGGUUUGGUAAAACCUGCUAAGAGAGGAUUCCUCUGUAGGAAGAAGACCUCAAAACAGCUUGAAGACGUAUGUGCACGUGAAGAGGAGUCAGAGGAACAGAGCGAAGAGCAUAAACAGCCCUCAGGACUGCUCUGAAGCGGGGGCCAACUCUGACCACAAGGGGGCUACAUGAGACGUCCAGGACGUUAUAUGAUUUGCUUGAGCCAAUAACGGUUGAUAAGGAUAAUUAAAGGGUCAAGCCAUAUUGGAAUAAAAGUCUGUUUAAAGACUACUGCUGAAGUGACACAAAUACAAAGGAAAACCUCUAUAUCUGGUGUUUGACAGCGAAUCUUCAGAAGCCUCACAUCACAAUAUGAAGGUAUUGUGCCGCAAAGUACCAAACAGUUUUUUAAUCAGUCAAUACUGUUACAAUUACAGUAAGUGGCCUUUAGAUUAGCUUUACGUCAGUAAGAUUUUGAUACUGUCUUGUGAAAUAUUUAUGAAAGGAAUGGACCAAUGACAUGGGCUUUUAGUUUUAGAUUUUCGAGAGAGAAGAUGCAGCGAUUUUAAACACUAAUAAACUAAUCACCUGCUGGUUAUUAAUACCCUGAUGAACGCCAGAAAAACUUUGAAGCAAAUCUAGCUGCAAGAAGCAACGGGUUGCACAGAAAAUGCAUAAACCUCAGGAAUAUGUGAUUAAAAGUUUUUGUUAAUCAAACUCACCAAGCUUACAAUGUACUGUUGUCAUUUGCUGUGUCCGACACAAACUUUUUUGUAAUGACGAGUUCAAUCACAAUAAUGAAAAAGAGUCGUUUCAGCCUGUGAGUUGUGUAGUUUUUUGUAAACUUUUACCUCGAAGAAACUGUGUGACAUUUUCACUGCAAAAAUGGGAUAAAGAAGAUUUGUUGCACGAAAA